AGUGUAAAAAACAAAACGCACGCACCGUAAAUCGACUAAAACUAAUCCCCUCGCCGUCCCCCAAUCUGCCCUCAUGCCGCCGUCUGCCGUCGCUCAAGAUCCCUCCAAUCUCCUCCAUCUCGGCCUCCCCCUCUACCUCGAAUCGUUCCUCUCCCUGCUCCCUGCCACCGACUCUUCCGCGCGCCUCAACUCCUCUUGCGCUGUCCGCCGCCUGUCCGCCAGAGCCGCGCUCUGCGCGGCCGUAUCUUCCCAGCCGCCCUCCAAGCUCCACCGACUCUGGAGCGAGUUCAACCGGUUCGUGCAGACCCACUGCGAGCGCCGCGCGGCUAUUGGGCUUGCCUCGCUCGGCCUCUCGAGUGAGGCGAACCGGCUCGACAUUGACGACCCUGGAGUGGUGGAGGAUGAUGAAGAUCCAUUGAAAGGGGUGGUGAAGGGUGAGAAGCGGAAGAAAGUUUUGAUCUUGAUGAGCGACACCGGCGGCGGUCAUAGGGCGUCGGCCGAGGCCAUUAAAGCUGCCUUCAACGAAGAGUUCGGGGACGAGUAUCAGGUGUUUGUGACGGAUUUGUGGACAGAACACACACCCUGGCCGUUUAACCAACUUCCUAGGAGCUAUAACUUCUUGGUGAAGCAUGGUGCCUUGUGGAAAAUGACAUACUACAGCAGCGCCCCUCGUUUGGUGCAUCAACCACACUUUGCAGCAACUUCUACGUUUAUAGCUAGAGAAGUUGCAAAAGGGCUAAUGAAGUACCAACCGGAUAUUAUUAUUAGUGUACAUCCAUUAAUGCAACAUGUUCCCCUUAGAAUCUUGAGGUCAAGAGGUCUUUUGAAAAAGAUCAUCUUUACCACUGUUGUGACAGAUCUAAGCACAUGCCAUCCAACAUGGUUCCAUAGGCUUGUAACAAGAUGCUAUUGCCCUUCUUCUGAAGUGGCAAAGAGGGCAUUAAAAGCAGGACUUCAGCCUUCCCAGAUCAAGAUCUAUGGACUUCCUGUGCGCCCUUCAUUUGUUAAGCCAGUGCGAUCGAAGGUUGAAUUAAGAAAAGAGUUAGGAAUGGUUGAGGAUUUACCUGCUGUUCUAUUGAUGGGAGGUGGAGAAGGAAUGGGUCCUAUUGAGGCUACUGCUAGAGCUCUUAGUGAUUCAUUGUACAAUGAAAAUGUUGAAGAGCCUAUUGGCCAGAUACUCAUAAUAUGUGGCCGUAACAGAAAACUAGCUGAUAGAUUGCAGUCAAUUGACUGGAAGGUUCCUGUUCAGGUAAAAGGUUUUGUCACUAAGAUGGAAGAAUGCAUGGGUGCAUGUGACUGCAUAAUUUCAAAGGCAGGGCCAGGAACAAUUGUAGAAGCCAUGAUUCGAGGACUGCCUAUUAUUCUGAAUGGAUAUAUUGCAGGGCAAGAAGUCGGUAAUGUUCCUUAUGUCGUGGAUAAUGGAUGUGGGAAGUUCUCAAAAUCUCCCAAAGAGAUAGCAAAGAUAGUUGCCCAGUGGUUUGGUCCAAAAUCUGACGAACUCAGGGCCAUGUCUCAGAAUGCUUUAAAGCUAGCUCGUCCAGAUGCCGUCUUCAAAAUUGUUCGGGAUCUACAUGAGUUGAUUAGAGAGAGGAGUCUUGUGAAGCAAUAUUCUUGCACAGCUUGAAUGAGCAUGAAUCCUGCAAAUUUUGAUUCAUUUCUGCAAAUUCCUGUCACAGAUUGAAUUUCUACUCGACCGAUGCAAUUGUGGUUGUUGUUGAAAUUAAAGGACAAAGGUUCGAUCUAGAUAGUAACGUAUAAAUUUUUGCCACCUCAAGCAUUUGUUGAUCUGAGCUAUAGUAUCCA